AUGGUAUUCACCGGUUACGAAGGUGUUGGGCGUCAACGUCCAAAAGAUUCUGAAUGGCUACAGUGUGUUAAGAAUCCAGACUGGGAUCAGAAUCUGGCCAAGUAUGGAGAUGAGGAUCUUGUGGCCACCGGGGAACAGGAGCUUCAACCCUCGUUGAAUCGAGUGGUAAGCCUCAUUGAUUACGAUCUGUCCAUAAAGCAUCCAUUGGAGCACACUUGGACGCUGUGGCAUUGGGAGAACGAUCGUCACAAGAGCUGGAGUGACAUGCUCAGCGACGUGACGAGCUUCAAUACCGUUGAGGAUUUCUUCAGUGUGUACUACUUCAUCAAGCCACCAUCGGACUUGAAGAUUUAUAAUGACUAUAUGGUGUUCAAAGAAGGUGUUCGUCCCAUGUGGGAGGAUGACGUCAAUAAGGAGGGUGGUCGCUGGAUGAUGCUUUUGGACAAAGUUUCUAAGACAUUUAUGGAUAAGAUUUGGCACGAUUUGCUUUUAUGCACCAUUGGUGAAUGUUUUGAUUACUCUGAACAAAUUUGCGGCGUGGUCAUCAAUGUGCGCCAUAAGGCCAACAAGUUAUCUCUUUGGACUAAGGACUCCCGCAAUGUCCAGGCUAUUCUUUCCAUUGGCAAACAGAUGAAGCAGAUGCUACCACUCGGGAAUCUCGAGAUCCAGUACCAGGUGCACAAGGACGCUAUGGUGCAGCACGGUCCGAAUGUGAACGCUAUAUACAAGUUGUAGUCGCCAAACGACCACCUUUCCGAGUCGGUAAACCACAUCAAAGUACAAGAAUGUGGAAAGACCGUCGGAAGGAACACUCGCGAGAACGACAUCGUAAAUGCUCAGUUCCUGGCUAGAAAUGUGCAUAUACGAUCGGCUCGUCGUAGGGCGAUCUAUAUAUACAUAUAUAUAUUAUUAUAAAAUAAGAAACAUAUUUCAUCUAUGCACCGAUUCUUUAGGAACGAAUUCGGUUGUACCAC